AUCUCCGUCGCCGGCGGUCAUCGCCGUCGUUUCUGUUCCUCCUCACUCUUCUCUUCUCUGCGUUCACUCUAUCCUUCAAAUUGCUUCGUCCAUUUCGAGUGAUUUUGGUUUCAUCAUACAAAUUACAGGCCAUGGAUAAGUCAAGUGCUUUAGAGUAUAUCAACCAGAUGUUCCCAACAGAGGCAUCGCUAUGUAGCGUUGAGCCACUUAUGCAAAAGAUUCAGGAGAUGGAGUUGGAUCCAAAGAAGUUUGCUGAACUAUUGGACAAAAUUGAAGCUGAAGCUGAUGAGUUUCUACUAGCUCGAAAUCAGAUGGUGGAGAAUGACAAGGAGAGGAAUGUGAACCGAGAAGCUCUUACAGCACUUAGGAAGAGAGCUCGGACAACAAAGACUAGUGUUCUUUCUCCAUUCGAUUCUAUGAUGAAGGAUAUCCAUGGGAGCUCAACCAAACCUUUGGUCCUGGAAGUUUGUUCGACUUGUGGAUCCCAUGACUCUAGUGAACCAACGUGGAUGAUGCUCCAAGGAGCUGAUCUUUUUGCUGCAAUUCCGUUUCAUGCUGUGCAUACAAUGCUAGAGAAAAGUUUUAUCUUGUUCACAUUUUUUGCUACUCUCUCAUAAAGGCUAAUGUAGUAUCCUGAUGAGAAAAAUGGUCUACUUGUGCUGUGUGUAGAUGAAGAGAAAAUGGAGUUAGAUUAUUAAAUUAUUAUUUAUUAC